AUGAGCCCUCCAAAAUAUGAUGGGAAUAUUCAUCCAGAUGAAUGGAUAAAUGACUUUCAAAAUUAUUUCAAUCUUAAAAAAAAACUUGAUGCAGUUGAUUAUUUAGAAUAUGCUAUAUCGUUAGUAGAUCCUAUUAUCAAACUUCCAACUGGAAUUGAUGAUUUUGAAAAACUUCGUAAUGCACUUAAAGAAGAUAUUUCCUUUACAGUGUUUAAAAAUACAAAUAAAAGAAAACUACAAUCAUUAACGUGUAUUCCUGAAAAGGAUGGCGGCGAAACUUCAAAAUUUAUUUCGAAUUUUCGAAAAUAUUUAGGUUCAAUUAAUAAUUUACGUUAUACAACUGGAAGCGGUUUACAAUUGGUUUUUGCUAGUAAUUAUGACUCGAAUGCUUUAUGGAAAAUCACAUUUACGAGCGGUAAAGAAUUAGCAUCAUAUACCGAUACUAAUAUAUAUUUACAACACAAAAGUUCUAGCAACUUUCUUGGAAUUUAUUGUGGUUACUAUAAAUCUCCGGUAACUCAGCACACGGAAGUAAAUUGUUAUUCACAAAAUCAAUGGAAGUUUAAUCAUAAUAAAUUAGAAAAUUAUCAAGGAUAUUUGAAAUCGAAUGAUAUUAUUAAUCUUAGUUUUACUAAUCAAUAUAGUCAACAAGAAUAUUUACGUAGCCAUGAUUUUCAAUUUACUAUUAAUAACGAUACUUUUCAAGAAGUUGUCUGUCAUAAUGAAAGACUUGCUAAGAAAUAUAUCAACCUAGUAAUAAAAACUUCAAAUCUGUCUUCGGAUUCUAAUAAUACAAUAGAAUCAGGCUCAACCUUCCCUUUAAAGUUUGAAAAUGUCUUGAACCUUGGACUUAACUUUGAUACGUUGCAAAAAGUAAAAAAUCUCGAUCCCAUUACGAAAUCAACCGAUUCAGUCGGAAUCCUUGAUUCUAUUGCAAGAGGUCGUGGUCUUCGAUCCGUCCCGUUAAAUGGUCGUGUUCUCUAUCUAUUAAUCAAAUGGACAUGUGGUCAUGAUCCUUCAAAGAAGUACGAUCCCAUCAAAAUGUUUAGAACCCUUGGAAGAAUUUAUCAAUCCCAUUUAAUAGUAGUAGUGUUCUUGGAAGAAGCCAAUCACUUUCACCAAAUGGUGUUAAAGUUCAAAUCCUCAAAUGUAGUGACCCUUGGAAGAAAUGUUGUGGACCUUGGAUCAACUCAUUCUAGUGGUCAUGAUUCUUGGAAGACCCAAUCUUUGUUGCCAGAGGUAGAAUAUUUCGUGAUCCUUAGAAGAAUUCCAAUCCCGUUGAAAGGUUAUGAUCCUUGGGUUAAGUUCAAUUCCAUUUGUGAUCUUCCUUCUAAUUAUCGAAAUCCAUUUUUUUAG